AUGGAGGAGGAGGAGCCAAUGAGCCCGGCGGCGAGGCUCUUCCACGCGCCCCAUUUCAAUUGCCACAUCAUCGCUAUCAUGGGGAGCGGUAAGGAGAUCGACAUCGACGUGCUCAAGGCCGGCAUCCGGGCGACGCUCGCCCGUCACCCCCGCUUCUGCAGCAUUCAGGUUUUGGACGAGACGGAGGGGAAGAAGGCGAGGUGGGUGCGGACCGACGUGGAGGUAGAGAAGCACCUGGUGAUCCCGGACCUGCACCCCAAUGGCGGCGACACCUCCGCCGCGGACCGCCUCCUGGAGGACUACGUGGCCUCCCUUGGCCGGUCCACCAUGGACGCCUCCCGCCCCAUGUGGGAGUUCCACAUCCUCAACUUCCCCACCUCCGAGGCCGCCGCCGUCGCCGUCUUCCGCGUUCACCACUCCCUCGGCGACGGCGCCUCCCUCAUGUCCCUCCUCCUCGCCUGCUUCCGCAAGACGUCCGACCCCGACGCCCUCCCGUCCCUCCCCGGACCCCACCGGCCGCCGCGCUCCCCUCCGCGGGCUCUCCGCCCCCUCGCUCUCCUCCGCCGGCUCUGGGUCACUCUGGUGCUCGUGUGGAACACGCUCGUCGACGUCGCCUACUUCGUCGCCACUUCCAUCUUCUUGAAGGACACCCCGACCCCGUUCAAGGGCGCAGAGAGCACCGAGUUCCACCCCAAGCGGUUCGUGCACCGCACCAUCAGUCUGCACGACGUCAAGGCCAUCAAGAACGCCAUGCAUUGCACAAUAAACGACGUCCUGGUCGGCGUGACAUCCGCCAGUUUGUCUUGUUAUCUCAGUAGAAAAUAUGGCGAGAGCGGACAACAGUUGCCGGAAAAUAUCAGGAUGCGAUCGACCCUGCUCGUGAACAUGCGGCCGACGCCGACGAUCCAUGCACUGGCGGGGGCGAUGGAGGAGGGGAACACGAGCGGAGACAAGUGGGGCAAUCUGCUCGGCUAUCUCCUUCUGCCAUUUCCUGUAGCGCUGUACAAAGACCCGCUUGACUACGUUCGCAAGGGUAAGUCGAUGGCUGAUAGGAAGAAGAACUCCAUGGAGGCACUCUUCACGUACCGCAGCGGUGCUGUCGUCUUCAAAUACUGUGGCUUUAAGGCAGCAGCUGCUCUCUCUCAUAGAGUGCUUUCAAACACCACAUUGUCAUUCUCAAAUAUUGUAGGGCCAAUAGAAGAAAUUGAAUUCUAUGGUCAUCCAAUGGUUUAUCUUGCUCCUACUGUUUAUGGACACCCACAUGCACUCACAGUUACUCUUAUGAGUUACAUGAACACCAUGAAAGUAGUUCUGGCAGUGGAUGAAUUGGCCAUACCUGACCCUCACCAGCUCUUGGAUGACUUUGCUGACAGCCUCGAGCUCAUCAAGGAAGCACUUCCGAGAAGAACAUAAC